AUGAAAGAAGAUUUGUCCGAAAAUUGGAAUAUUGGGGCUACCGUUCUGUACGAUCGACCACCAAGUAUAUUCCGGACUAUAAGCUUACAAGAGAAACAUGAGUGGUUCCUAAAGUUUUGUCAAAAAUAUUCAGAACACUUUGAACAGAAUAGUGAAGAAGAUAACUCAGAUGAUUCAGUUAAUACUGUAUUUACACAUUAUUUUGGCAAUGAGGUAAAACUGAAGCCUAAUAGGCCCGGAUUGCUCUUCAGCAGUACUAGUUGGACGCCUGAUGAAGACUUCAGUAUACUGAUGGAAGCUCUGCAAGUUUAUGAAACCACAUACAACAUCACCAAGAAUCUUCCAAAACUAAUUUGUGUGAUUACGGGCAAUGGGCCAAUGAAACAGCAUUACAAAGAUAAAAUAGCAUCUAGGAAUUGGCAACAUGUGAAAGUAAUAACACCAUGGCUUGAUGCAUGUGAUUACCCUACUAUGGUAGCAAGUGCCGACUUAGGAGUGUGUCUACAUACCAGUUCCUCUGGUUUGGAUUUGCCUAUGAAGGUUGUUGACAUGUUUGGAGCAGGCUUACCAGUGUGUGCAUUUUCAUUUAAAUGUCUUGACGAACUUGUUCAUGAUGGCAUCAACGGUUAUGUGUUUAAAACAAGCAAUGAACUCUCAAAACUUCUUGUUGAAUGGUUUGAUGGUUUCCCUAAUAAUACUGAGAUGAACAAAAUAGCCGAGAGGAUGAGGCGAGAAGUUUCACAGUUCCAAGAGUCAAGGUGGGAAGGAAAUUGGAAUUUACGGGCUAAGCAAUUUUUUGAAACC